UGCAGCACGAAGCGCUUUGCAAUGCACAGCUGAGGUGAGAAGAAAACAACAUGAACUGAUGAAGUCUGACCACACGGCCUCAAAAAUGUGGACCGAGGUGAAAAACAGCAGUAACCCUGUCACCAGCAGCGGGAACAGCUCGAAGAUGGUUGACCCAGAUCUGACAUUGCAAUUGCUUCAACAGAGAAACGGUUCGGCUGCAGCUGCCACUCGUCCUUCUUGCACAGAGGACUCUUUAACCAGGACCAGCGGCAUCAUCCCCGGUGUGAUUGCAGCCACGGUGUUCAUCAGCUUUUUACUUGCUCUCUACACUGUCCUUUGGAAGUGCAUGGUGUCGCCACCACAAAGAAAGAACAGCAAGGCGAGAGUAAGAGUGCAACAUAGAACCUCUGUGUGAAGUUGUGGCCUUGUGGUUGAAAAUACCCUACGUCUGUUCAGCAGGUCCUUUUAAAUCUUAAUGGUGCAAACUAAAAUAUGAGAGCAGAUGUUGCUCCUGGUCUGAGAGCUGAGAGUAGCACCAGGGUUCUGAAGAUCCUCCUUAUAGAUUCAAAGAUCAAACCACAAAAAACUAACUCAACUGAACUGAGUGGACGUGCUAUCUUUUCCCCUCAGCUUUUAUGUUUGCUGAUGGCUCCUGUUGACUAAAAAGCUGACAGGUCAAACUAUGCUGCUUUCUUCUUUUUUUUCCUCCUGUGAACUCUGCACUACUGAGGGAUGAGGAAGCUCAGGCCACCGCUUGCUCCAAUGACCAAUAAACUGUGUGUGUGUGUGUGUGUGUGUGUGUGUGUGUGUGUGUGUGUGUGUGUGUGUGUGUGUGUGUGUGUGUGUGUGUGUGUGUGUGUGUGUGUCUGAGAGAUAGGUAGACUUUUUUAUUCAUGUGUGUGUUGUACCUGCUCCAAAUGGACAGUUGUGUCUUAAACUGUUAUGUAUUCUUGCAAAGUAUUUCUUUUUAAUAUUUUAGACUGUACAUAAUGGCAUCAGUAGGUUCCCUUUGCAUACAACUUUAUAUUUCCUGAUGUUUAUGGAAAAACUCCAAAAGCUAUUAGGGUGUUCAAGAUAAUCAAACAACCACCUCUGCUCAAGUCUUUAGAAAGCAUUAACUGAAAAUCUAGUCACUGAUUUUGAUUUUGUUUUAUCAUCUUAUGUUGUCUUCUCUGAAAUCCACAUUUUCUUUACUCAGGAUGUUUUAACUACUGUAUGACUUUUCAUUCAUUAUAAGAAACUGUGACUUGUUGUUUUUUCAUAUUUAGUGGAAUGUAAUAUAAAUAAAUUCUUAGUGACUGAGUCACAAUUUG